CCCAAUUCUCCUUCUACUUCUACUUCUGCCCUAAACCCUUUCCGUUUCCCAUGGCCUCUCAAGCUCUCACGGAGUACGAGCGCAAGAGGCUCGAGAACAUUCGCCGCAACGAUGAAAUGAUGGCCGCCCUCAAGCUUCAGUCCAAAGCCUCUGAACUCUCUGCUGCCUCCAAGCGUCAAAGAGUGGAAACCAAAUCGGAAAAGGUUUAUCCGAAGACCAAACCUAAAAUCGAUACUCCGAUAGUUUUACGGCGCUCUUUGCGUGCUAGAGGAAUUCCCCCUGAUGCCAAAAGUGUUUCUGAUGAUAUUACGGAGCCGGCUACUAAGAUUCGGAAGUCAGAUCCCAAGUCUAUGCCUUCGCGUCGUGUUUCAGGCCCCCUUGAAAUGAUUGAAGUUUGUAGUGAGAGGGAGUCUCAUCGGUCACUGAUUGAAUCAAUUGUAGGUAUUUCGAUUAAAUCUCUGGCAAGCAGGUCAGUGAAAGAGGAAUUAGUUGAUGAUGUUAAGGAUUUUAAAUUGGAGGAAGGAAAUGGAAGUUUCCCGAAAGAGAUAAAGACUGAAGGAGGGGGAAAUGGGAAUUGUUUGAAGAUGGAACCUACUGAUAAUUAUCCGAAUUUAGUUAAGACACAGACUGAAGAACUAACUAGUGACAUUAAAGGUCACUGGACGAGAUCGAUUAAGAUGGAACAUAAGAACGAUGGAAGUCACUUAAAGGUUGGGUCUUUGGUUCUGAAUGCCGACAACAUAGCUCGGGUUGUGCCUGGAAGAAUAAUGGCAGUGCGGUUUUUCCCUUGUCGUGAUUCUAGAAUGAUUGUUGUAGGUAACAAGUUUGGGGAAGUUGGGUUUUGGAAUGCUGAUCACCAGUCAGAGGAAGGAAAUGGUGUUUAUUUGUAUCACCCGCAUUCAGGUCCCAUUUCUGGGAUUUCAAUUCAACGGCAUGCAUUGUCGAAGGUUCAUACCAGUUGCUAUGAUGGAUUUAUACGGUUGAUGGAUGCAGAGAAAGAGAUGUUUGAUCUUUUGUAUCGCAGUGAAUAUACUGUAUUUUCUCUUUCUCAACAAUCAAACGAUGCAAACUGCUUAUAUUUUGCUGAGGGUCGUGGAGGGUUGAAUAUAUUGGAUAAAAGGACUGGAAACUGCCCAAUGGAAUGGAUGUUGCAUGAAGAUAGGAUCAAUACCAUAGAUUUUAGUGUAGAAAAUUGCAACAUCAUGGCUACUGGUUCCAGUGAUGGAACUGCCUGUCUUUGGGAUUUGAGAAGUGUUAAUGCUGAAAAGCCCUUGAAGACGAUAAACCACAAAAGGGCGAUUCAUUCUGCUUACUUCUCACCCUCUGGACGCUUCAUUGCAACUACUAGUUUUGACGACAAUGUUGGCAUAACCGGUGGAGUUAAUUUUAAAGAUACUUUGAUGAUACCUCAUGAUAAUCAGACAGGCAGGUGGAUUUCUUCUUUCAGAGCAAUUUGGGGUUGGGAUGACUCGUACAUUUUCAUUGGAAAUAUGAAGAGAGCAGUAGACGUUAUUUCACGGGCACAACGGAAGAAAGUCUUCGUUUUGCAGAGCCCCAACAUAUCUGCAAUACCAUGCAGGUUCGACGCACACCCUUACGAUGUUGGAACGUUAGCAGGAGCCACGAGCGGGGGCCAGGUUUAUAUGUGGACAAUGAGUCAAGAUAUUUAAUUUGCUUCUACAGAGUUCUCGGGAUAAGAAUUUUGUACCAUGAAUUCCACCCAACAAUCAAAAAAUACUUUCAGAGGAAGAAAAGAGAGCGUUAUCUCUUCUUGCAAUUGGAUUUCGUGGGGAAAAUCGUGUAAAUGUUAUGCAAAUGUUAUGCAAAUUCUCUAUAGCAAGGUCGACAAGUCACUUCAUUUUUAA